GCUGGCCCUACAGCACUUGCUACUACUGUAGAGCUCUAGAGGGUAGGGAGGCAAAGUCACGACUACACACUAGCCAACGAUCUGUGUCUGCUACCCACAGAGAGGCUUUUUUUGGCAGCUUGUACUCGUACUAGUACCUUUGUUUUUGAGUCAGGUGAAGUAGUUCAGACUUCUAAUACUAAUAGUGUGACGAGUUUGGAAAGGCCAAUUCUGGAAAAGAUACCAUACUGGAUUAAAGUAGACUGACUGUACAAACUCAUACACGUACAAGGUAAUAAUCUGUGACCACAUAAUCCCAGCGGUUAAAAGUAUCCUGCUACAUAAUAAUAAUUUCACGGAAGUAGUACCCUGGAGGCAAGGAACGAGAAUUUGGGAGAAGAAAGAUGACAACCUACGAUUCAGAUGUGCUCUUGAUGAACUGCGUUCGCGACUACAAAGAAAUAUACGAUUGGUCUAAUCCGGGCUAUCGCAACGCAACGCGGAAGGCGGCUGCCUGGAACGAGGUGACCAAGAAGUUGGGCAUUGACCUAGCAGUGGCCAAGCGAAGAUAUUCUUUUAUCCGCAAUUGCUUCCCAGGGUAUGUAAUCGGAAAAGAGUAUCAAAAGUGGAUGAGUAAAAGGAGUCGGUUUGGGUUCUUGACACAGCCGAAUAAAAAUUUGGAAGCCAUUAUGUGGCUCAAAGAUUACGUCAAGUUUAGUCCAGGUGCUUUUGACUUUCACGAUGCCAAUGAAGGGUGUACUUACGGGGAAACUGGAUCCGGCACUGAAGACUCAGAGGCGCAUACCGACUACAGCGAUGAUGAUGAGAAUGAUUGUGAGGCGCUGUAUACGGGUGCCAUGUCCAACUCUACUGCCUGUCCCAAGGUAACUGAAGGUGCAGUCUGCAAUGUACAAAAGGAAAACAACCCACCUGCUGCUGUGAACAGCAAAGCGGAGAAUAACGCACCAACUGCCGUGAAUGCGAAGGAGGACAAUAGCCUGCCCACUGGCAUGAAGAACAAGGGGGAGAACUGUCAAUCCGCCACCUUGAAUGACAACAAGGAGAAUAAUGCACCCACGGCUAUGAAUGUCGAGGAGAAAAAUAAUGUACACACUGAUGUGAACGUCAAGGAGAAUUACACCGCAUCCGCCGCCUUGAACGUCAACAAAGAGAAUCACGCAGCCACUGUCGUGAGUGCCAAGGAGGUCCAUCCCGCACCUGCCUCUGCAACUGAACUGGAUGAAGCACAGCGAGGCAGGAAGAGAAAACCUGAGGAGCAGGCUGAAGUCUCUCCUGAGCAAAAGAGAGAAUUUGUUGCAUCGGAGCACAGUUAGAUAGACAGACGCUUAGAACCAGGCUACAGUGUAAUGGUUUAAACUCAGCUCUACAUUAUGUAACAUAUGUCCAUGUGUGUCAGUGCGGAAAAAGCAGUUGCAUCCAUGCAGGACCAACACAAAAGAAACAAUAGCACCGAUUCAGGACCAACACAUCAAUGCAGGACCAACACAUCGAUGCAGGACCAACGCGGAAGAAGUAGUUGCAUCCAGGCAGGGCUAGAACUUAGAAGCAUAAUCAUAAAGGAAGCCCACGUUCAACAAGGCCUGCUUCCGCUGUGACCUCCACAACACACAUUCGACAGAAUCUGCGUUCCACUCAGUGGCCACUAAACUGCCGUGGACUUCUGAGGCGACUUUUGAAAUCUACCUCUCCGAAAAUGAGUGUAGCCUAAGCUGCCUUGAUGGCUGAAGUUCCGAUACAGUCAUGUUAUCCUUGAUUCCAAGUUACCGGUACAUGUAUGUAUGUAUGCCAGGUGAGAUUCAGUGGGCAGUAGUCACAUGUACUUCAGUACAGUGUAACCUACAUGUAUCUUCAGCAGGCCCCCCCCCCCCCCCCCCCCCGUAGAACCUUGGACAAACUGGACACAUGUCUUAGUAGACAGGCAAUCCCUCUGCAACAGCGAGACUGUAAGAUGUACAUGACCCGUUCUAUAGUGUACAGUUGUUGAAUCUCGUAUGCUAAUACUACCAUUCCGGCUGUGUUUGGAGCCAGGCCCGAGCAUCAAGACAAAAUGUGAUUCAUCGGCAGGCCCGCCCGUAUUGCAGCUUGCGGCAUCGCUCAAUGCUGGAUGUGCAAGGAGGAAUCAGUGUUGUAUUCUUUCUUUCUUCAUUUCCCUAGCUCAGCUACUGUUACAUUUGUCACAGUAAACACUAUCACACACAUCUGUGGACAUGACAUCAUUCAUCCCAUGGAUAUUCCAUUAUACUUUUUGAAGUAGUAACAUACCGGUACAUGCAAAGACUUUAAGUGCAAUACUGUGCACUUUCUUUUCCAUGCGAUCCACAUGAUAAUCAUUUCAUCGGUACGAUUUUACCCUAAGAACUUUCUAGAAAGAGGUGUACUCCAGGGAGUCGUCAAAUAAUGGUAUUUGACGACUCCCUGGUGUACUCGUACUCCGAAAGAAGUACAUGUAUCAUUGUAUGCUCUAUAAUAUUUUCAACUAUGAUUUAUCUUGAGAAUCCUCAGUGCGCUGUGACUUGACACGUCUGCAACAAA